GGACCCAACUCCAGUACCUCACUGUUCCGGUAAGGGUCGAAAAACUAAGCAUUUUGCCACAGUGCAGGUGCUCUGUGGCAACAAAAAAUAGGUGAUUUAUAAGUUAGCAUACUAUUAUGGGUGUAAUAUAUGUAUGACCAGAAAUGUGGUCAAAGAGGAUCAGACCAAGAAACGAGCGGUUUUCUGUCACUGACACACUUCCUUUUCACCGAACCGAGUUUCCUGUGUAGGGGCGGUUGCCAUGGAGACGGUGAACAGCGGCCUGCUGUGAGGGUAUGGUCAGACUUCUUGAGGAGCCACCUGCACCCUCACACAAUCUGUCAUCCACGAGUACAACAACGAUGGGGAGGCCCACAAUCUGGAAGUGUUUGGCCAGGGGGAGGCUCUGCUUCAGGGCUCAGUGCUGGAGGAUCUAGAGGACAGAAUACACUUCUUCAUAGAGGGCUACCUACAGGGGUUCCAGGUGCUGUGUGACCUGGCCGAUGGCUUCUCCGGCCUGGGUUCAAAGGUCACUGAGAUGCUGCAGGACUCCUAUGGGGGACGGGGCAUCUUGAGCUGGGAACUUGCACCUGUUAGUCACCCAGACACAGUGGUGGCUGCGUACGGAGCCCUCCCCUUUCCUAUGGCGCAGGGCAGCUCUCUCCCUGACACCCUGGGUGACUUGCUGUGGAAACCCCUAUCGGCUUGCCCCGAGCAGGCCAUGAUUGACCGAAGCUGCACACAAGCUGCUCAAGGGUUUAGAGUUGCAGAGUCUGGUUAGCCAGCUGAGACCAGGGAUGCAGCCGCCCACCCCGCUGCAUAGCCUUGAUUGUAGGGAAGACGUGCUAGCCUCCUACAUCAAUGCCCACUACGCCUUGUUCGGUCCAGCUUGUAUCAAGCCCCAGUAAACUGACCCCGCCCUUCCCACAGAUUUUCAGCCAGUCCCUGGGUCCCCAGGGCUUUCUGCAGAGUCAGGCCCCUCCCCCCAACUCGAGGUCCCCUAGUCUCCUCCUCCGGGUGCACACCUGCCUGCACUCGUCUCCGUCCCUGGGCCCGUGGCUGUUGGAGCUGCGGGGGGGGGGGGGGUCCAGGGCGCUGGCACCACGCUGCAGCUUCCUCUCCCGGGGUACUGAGCUGGCCGACUUUCAGGAGUAUCGGGAGCAACUCGGCCUCCUUGUUCGCUGUUACCGUGACGAUAGCAGAGGCAUGAUGCGACGAUCGAUUGACUGACAUCCACAAGAGUAAUUUUCUCUUUUCCGUCUUCUGCAUUGUUAGCCCAGAACGAUUCUGCACACUCCAUACCAUCCGAAUAGAUGGGUCUCGAUGGACCGCGACUGGAAUUGACAGACCCACCCGUCCACAUUGUAUAGUCACCAGAGGAUCAACUCGAGAUCAUACAGACUCACUUAGACUUGAUAAGGAUUGGGGAUUCUGGUUGGAAACAAUGGACUCGCUGUUUGAGAUGGUGACGGAGAACUGUUACCAUAGAACAUUGAGGUUUUAAUUGACAAAAGAUAAUAGUUGGACAGUGAAACUAAGUCCUUAUGAAAUAAGAGAGAAAAUAGGGUGAUAGAAUAAGAAAAGGUCAAUGAAGGGAGAAUAUGGUAGGCUACAUAUGAGAACUGAUAGUCACUUCCCCCUCAAGUUUCAGAGUUUAUUCGCCAUGUGCACAGGAUACAACAGGUGUAAAACAUUAGUGACAUUUUUACUUUGAUCUCUUUCCCAACAAUGCAGUGAUAAUAUAAUUCCCCCAAAAAUAAUAAACCACAAGAAUGGAAGUGUGUGUACACAUAAAUGUUAAUCAUACAAAUGUCCAGUUGUCAAUAGUUUCCCAUAUUGGGAUAACAUAAGAUGGCAAUCAUGGUAAAUGUAUGCUAGAAUCUGUGGCAGUGAGGAAAUUAAAAGUGCAAUUAUGUUUGAAAUGUAGUUUUUUCUAUUCAUGUCACUAGCUGGCAGCAUUGAAGUAUGGACAUAAAUUCACGGACAGACAAGAAAAAGCUGUUCCUUUAAGCACCAGCAACACCGAGAUGGAUUAAAUCCAUUACGCAUUAAUCUCUGUAAAACAGUUAAAAUCAUUUAAACAAGUUAAAAUCAUUAACGUUAAGAAUCAUUUAAUGGGGGCAAAACAUAUUUAAAGAUCUGUGUGGCCGGCCCCUUACAUCUACAAGCGGCGUUCGAUGUUUUGCCUAUAGCUUGACACAAUCUUCUCUGUCGUGUCUAUUUGUGAGAAUCGGGUUCGCUCCAGCCUGAAUGACAAAAUGGAAAGUAUCUGUUAACCACACACCCACAGCUCAUUCGGAGGAAGCUGGCCAGAAGCAGUUAACCCCUAUCGCGUUUCAUAUCACCAUGACAAGAGAUCAAGAGAAGAGAAACUUGCGAGGAUUUCAAAAACGAGAGACAUAGAAUUAGAUGUCUAAAGUCUGUCUUCCAGAUAGCUAUUAGAUCAAUUAUCUUUCACCGACUAUGGACAACCUCAACUCCUCCAACACCUCCAGCUUGGACCCCACCUCCCCGGAUUCGGGCCGCCUGAUUUCGAGCAUCGUCCUGGGGUUGUGCUGUGCGUUGGGCCUCCCUGGUAACAUAGCUGUCCUGUUGUUCAUCCUGCGCGGCUCGUCCCGACGCCCCAACUUUACCCUGUGCCUCAUACUGAACCUGGCGUCCUCUGACAUCUUAUGCCUGGCCACUGUGCCCAUGUGGAUUUAUUCUCUCCUGCACGGCUGGACUCUGGGCAGUGCCACCUGCAAGCUAGCCACCUUCCUGCUCUACCUCAGCCUGUACGCGAACGUGCUAACGGUCACUCUACUCGGUGUCCAGCGCUAUCUCCAGGUGUUAUACCCGCAAAUGUGGAACCGGCUGGGGCGCAAGGGGAAGGCGGCGCUGGUCCUGGCCCUGUGGGGGCUCGCCUGCGCCCUGACUGCCCCCGCCGUGACCACUCGCUAUGUGGGUGAUGGCGAGCUCAAGUGCCGGAGACACAGUGAAUCCGAUGCUGAAAGAGUAGCGGUCCUCAUUUUGGAGACCUUUCUGGGGUUUGUGGUCCCAUUCUUUGUGCUGGUCACGUCCUACUGCUGCCUCCACCGGCGGGUGAACCAGACGGCGCUGUUCAACAGCGCCAGGUUGACGCGGCUGGUCACCAGUGUGCUGGUCGCCUUCUUUGUCCUCUGGGUCCCCGUGCACAUUGUCAACAUGGUGGACAUUGCCGGCAUGGUGCUGCGGGCUUCCCGGCCAGAGGCGUCGGCAGUGCUGCUGCGCCACAGGAGCGCGGCAGCACGUGUCGUCCGGAGCUUCACAUUUGUCAACAGCUGCCUGGACCCCUUCCUGUACGCCUUCGCCUCACGGAGGAACUGGAAGUAGCCCAAGCGGGAAGCAGGCCACAAAGGUCUGAAGUCGUCCUCUGCAGGUGCGACAAAAGGGAUGUGACUGGCAUGCCAACCCAUAACUCUAACCCUACCCAUAACCAACCCCCCUAACCGUAACAAGUCCUUUCACCCCUGCUAUUUGUCCUCAACAAAACCCACAUUAUUUGGUUGCUAAAUCUGGGUCUGUAUAGCCUGUACUGUCUGUGUAUCCAUAGAUCACCAAAGGGACUAAUCUAGGCUACCCUAUCUCCCUUCAAGCUGACCACCGUUGGUGAAAUCCUAAAUUAUAUUGCUUCCGUGAGCUUUCUCAUGCAUAAAUAAAUUGGUAAUGUUUUCAUGAUUAACUAGAUUUUUGGUUUCUCUUGCAGUACACGUAGGCUACUUCUGCUUUGGUUCAGAGGAGCCCCAAUUUCCCACUCUAAAAAAUCAACUGGGGCAUGUGUUUGAUUAGCAAACUAGAAAUAUGUUUGCAUUAAAUUAAUUAAUCGUGUUUAUGUUCAUUGUUUGUUGUACAUGACUCAAAGAAAAUCCUGAUGAAUUAAAUGAAUUCAUGUCAAUCCAAUGAGAAUGAGGUCCCUCAAAACAAUGACUCUGAUAUGGUUAGCUAUUGAGCAUGCUCCAAGCCCACCGGAUGCACAAAAAGUUCGUAGGAGUGGGACGUUUCAUGGACGAAUAACCAGGACUUGCAAGAGUACUUUCACCUAAUCGUUUGGCAUCCUUGAUAUUAAGGGUAAGUAAUUCAGACAUAUCUACAUUAAUUUAUUUAGUUCAAUAGGGUGAGUGAUAAAUAGUUAUUCGACAUUUGAGACAUAAACUACAUCAUUAUGGAAGAAGCCAACAUUAUCUGUGCAUACAGUUGAAGUCAGAAGUUUACAUACACUUAGUUUGGAGUCAUUAUUAUUAUUAUAUAAUUAGUUUUUCCUUGGG